GGUAGGGCUAUACGGGUGUACCGCUGUGGCAAACAACGUCUUCACCAGUAGCCUUAGAAUAUACCUUAGUUUGUUUUAUUACGAAAUAGUUGUAUGAACGGGAUAUUUCGACGUCAUGAACGUUUUCUACUGUCGAUGUGUAGUACCUAUUGAUAUAACUAAUUAUCCAGAAAACACAUCUAACAGUGGUACGUGUGUAAUUAUCUGACAGAGGAGACGUCUAACAGGGCAGUCUGAUAUUCACGAAAUGAAGUGCUACAGAUACUGCUGCUGUCGAGUCAGGUCUAAACACCAGCGACGUCGUCUGUUCGUCUGGCUAGGCACCCUGGGCUUUGUGUUGUGCCUUCUCUAUUACAACAACGAACUACUCGCCAGAUACGAACAACAACAGCAGCGUCAAGAACAAAAACAACAACUGAAUAGUCCAGUAGUGGAACAAGGCAGAAAACCAAUGGCGGUUAACGCAGGGAUACCACAUGCCUUUGACAAUGACGACUCCAAUGACCUCGAUCUUUUACCAGACCUAGCACCUGCUGUACUGCAUUACAUUUGGUGCGGCAAUAGGGUCUUCGAGUUUAGACAUUAUCUUGCACUGAAGAGUGCGCAUCGAGCAGUGAAGCCCGACAAAGUGUUUUUCCAUUACGAGAAGUUGCCCCUGGACGACGAGCAGGGUUACUAUCAGUGGUUCAACGAGACACUAAGACAGAUUGACCACCUCCUUCCCAGACCCCUCAACCAGUCAGUGUGUCCACAGAGUGGAACUGCUGAAAGAUACAUUUUAGUGUUGGACCUCUUGGAACAAUUUGGAGGAAUUUAUGUGCCAGAAGAUUCAAUAUGGGUGGAUUUUCCCGUUCAUCUCCGUUCUAGUCCAAUAGUGUCUGGCGUUCUUCCGGUUAAUCCAUCGGUAUACGAAGAUGGAAUUAUUGUUGCCAAAAAGCGUGCUUUUAAAAAGCCAAUCAGCCAUGAAGAAAUGCUGAUCACACUUUCCCUAGGAAAACAUGAGCAUGGCGAACUGAAACCAUGUGCCGACGAAAGUGCUUAUAACACCGAUACAAAUGGUCAUACAAUGUGUGUCCGAAUACGAAAGGAGUUAUUUCCCAAAGAUAUUUGGAACAUGGACACAAAACUGGGUGUGCUGGCCAGGGUUGUCGCAUAUGGAACAACUACAGUCCAUCACAAACACAACCUGAAAACGCCAAUACCAAAGAUUGCUCACUACACAUGCAUAGAUUGUAAUCUGAAGUUCUCCUCUUACCUUAGCAUGCUAAGUUCAGUAUUUGUGGCUGGUCUGAAAAAAGUGUAUCUUCACGGAGUGCAAACCCCAUCAGGUCCCUGGUGGGCGCUCCUGGUGAAGGACCCGCGCUUUGUAUUCGUGUACAGAGAAUACCCAGAAACACUCUACGACAAGGCAGUGAUGUCACGAGUACUGGCAUUGGCCGUUAUGCGUGCAGACAUUCUCCUCAAGUACGGUGGAGUAUACCAGGAUCACAACGUCCUCUGGACACAAAGGAUCCCGGAAUUCUACUUCGGUUACGAGGCGGUCGCUUCUCCACACUGGCACCUCUACGGCCACUGGCCUGAUUCUGUCAAUCACGGGACGCUAAUGUUGAAACGUAACUCUCGCUAUAUGAUAAAAGUGAGAGAGAUCAUGCAAAGAAACCAAGAAAACCCGCACUGGUUUAAUGACCAGUUUCUAUCCUACAAGAUCAUCGAACGGCAUCCAGAGCUGGUAAAGUUUGACAGACAUUUCCAAGUCAUUUGUCUGAACCAUAAUUGUCACCCCACGUGGCAGCGAAACUACAAAUCCGGACUGAUGCAGAAUCGGCCUGGCGACUGGUUUAAGUGGCAGAAUGACACUUUGUCCAUAUACUGGAUCGACACGUUUCCCGAGCUGAACGUGGACAUGGUUAAAUACACGAGCGGCACGAUUGUAGAAGUCAGCAGACAUAUUCUCCAGUCCGCUGACGUAGAUCUCAACAAUCUGUGACGUACAACACAAAACUCACCAUUUCAAAUUCACAUGUGUAUGUCCACGAACAUUUCUUAUUGGCUAACGUUCCAGUUUCUCUGGAGAGUAUUAAUGCCGGUUGGCCACAUGGGUGAUAGCUUGAUUCAUACAUUUUACCUGGUGCUUAAAAUAAUGAAAAGGGUAUAUGCCUAUGACAUCGGUUUAGAUUCUUGCUGUUGACGAAAUCCGUAUGUAUGUAAUCAGCGGAAAAUCCAUUUGAUUUGAUAUCCUGCUAGAUAAUGCAGGGGCUGUGGGAACACUGUCUCUAGAGCGUUGGAACUGACAAUGGCAGCCAGUGUUCAAACUAUACUCACAGCUUGGUCUUCAAGACAAAGUCUGGAUUGCGCUAUAUCUGAUGUUUUAUAUACACGAAUAAUCCGUUUUCUGAAGUACAGACACAAUAGCCUAAUGCUUAAUAGCAGAAUCCGCCAAACCUGGCUAAAAUGGCCGUCCAAACAAAUCUGCAAUAUGAGAUCAACUGGCUUCUAUACAAAUGCCAGACACGGGCAUUUGUGGUAGGCUACUACAGACGGGAUAUCGUCAAUAACCGGUGGUUGUUAUUGAAGAUGCCGAUAUCAAACAAUUGGUUGUUAUAAAAAGUGUUUUAGAAGACAAAUGGCAUCUUUAAAAGACAAAUGGUUGUUAUAAACAUGUAGUUAUUUUAGAAAGUGCAUUUCAUAGCACGUUAAUCUAUUUAUGAAUGGACGGUGUUGUCCUAUGGUUAAAUAAUAUUUAUUACAAUGCCUUAUUUACUCAUGACUUUUAUGUAUGAUUUUAAGACUCAUUGUGCGACCUGUUUUAGUCGACAUAAACAUUAUACUGUUUGUAUAUAGCAACAACAAUAUUCAUUAAGAGGGUUAAUCAUGCAAGGUAUCACUGUUUUGGAAAUAUAUAUAAAAUAAAU